AUGCUAGGUAUGAUCUAUGCAAUUCAAGAGAUUAAUCGAGAUCGUCACAUAUUGUCAAACUACACAUUGGGCUUCAAGAUCUUUGACUCUUGCUAUUCAGAGACAAAAGCUUUUCAAAGUGCAAUCGCUCUGCUAUCAGGGAAGAAUACAAUUCCAAAUUUCAGCUGUGAAAAAUUCCCAUUUGUGCCUGGUGUUAUUGGAGACUUAGUGUCAUCAAUAUCUAUCACCCUAGGAAGGAUAUUUGGAAUCUAUCACUUUCCUCAGAUCAGUCAUGGAGCAGCUCACUCAAUUUUAAGUAACAAGCUACAGUUUCCUUCUUUCCUACGCACUAUUUCUGGUACUGUGUAUCAGGACUAUGCAAUGGCUCAAAUUAUUGACCAUUUUCACUGGAAGUGGGUAGGGAUUCUAACAGCAGACAACAGCAUUGGUGAAGUCAGUACACAGAAUAUGAAAAAAGAGAUCCUUACAUCUAAUGCCUGUAUCUCAUUUAUAGAAAAAAUCCAUGCACAAUACUCCAAGCAAAAGAUUUACAUGAUUGCCGAGCUGGUGAAAAAUUCCUCUGUAAAUAUUGUAAUUAUCAACUGUGAUGAAGUAUACGUAAAAGUCAUACUGGAUGCCCUUUAUGCAGUUAAUGUGACUGGGAAAACUUUGAUUGUGACUUCACAUAGUACAAUAACACCAGGAUUUUUCACCAAAGAGACAUGGCCAUUGUUAAACGGCACUUUAGGUUUAACACCCUCGUCUACUGAUAUGCCUGGUUUUAGGGAUUUUCUUUAUAGUCUGAAACCUUCUGCAUCUGAAAAAGAUAUAUUCAUAAGGAUAUUUUGGAAAGAGUAUUUCAAUUGCAACUGGGUAAUGAAAAACAUCUCUCAAAAGGCAAAUGCUGAAGCAAUUGAUCCAGAACUAGUAUUCUGCACAGGGCAGGAGAGUAUAGAAGAGCUUGAUAUGGAUUUAUUUGAACUAAAUUCAUUAAGUUUCACUUACCAUUCAUAUCUUGCAGUGUAUGCAUUUGCACAUGCAUUAGAUGACCUAAUUUCAUGCAAAGCUGGAUAUGGGCCUUUUAUUAAUAGAUCGUGCAGCAGCAUUCAGGAUAUGCAUCACUGGCAGGUGCUUCACUAUGUAAAGAAUGUCCAUUUCUAUACCAAAUCUAAUGAUGAGGUUUAUUUUGAUGUGAAUGGAGAUGCUUUAAUGACCUAUGAUAUUAUAAAUGUUCAGAUACCAACAACAGACCUCUUCUAUUUUCCAAAAGUUGGAAAAGUAGAUCCCAGGGCACCAAAAGGAAAGAACAUUGUAAUCAACACAAGUGCUGUCAUAUGGAAAAAUGGAAAGUCUCAGAUCCCUCGCUCUGUCUGCAGUGAGAGCUGCCCUGUAGGAUACAGAAAAAGCAUUAGAAGGGGACAGCCAGUUUGCUGCUUUGAUUGUUCUCCAUGCUCUGCAGGUGAAAUCACAAACCAGUCAGACAUGAAUGAUUGCUUGAAGUGCCAAAAAGAUGAAUGGCCAAAUGACAGAAGUGAUACGUGUAUUCCAAAAUCCAUCGAGUACCUGUCAUACAGUGAUACCUUAUGUGUCCUUUUUAUUGCCAUUACAGUAUUUUUCUGUUUCGUCACAUUUUCAGUGGUUUGUAUCUUUAUAAAGUAUAGAGACACUCCCAUUGUCAAAGCCAAUAACAGAGACCUCAGUUACCUCCUGUUGUUAUCUCUCAUGCUCUGCUUUCUCUGUUCCUUAUUAUUUAUUGGUUAUCCAAUGAGGGUGACAUGCAUUCUAAGACAAACUGUUUUUGGUAUAAUUUUUUCCAUCAGCAUAUCUUCUGUUUUGGCUAAAACCAUCACAGUUGUCAUUGCAUUCAAAGCAACAAACCCCAACAGUAAGCUAAGGAACUGGGUGGGAGCCAAGAUACCUUAUUCACUUAUUUUAUGCUGUAUCUUGGUGCAAGUUGUUAUUUGCACUGCUUGGCUGCUUACCUCACCUCCGUUUCCUGAAAUGGAUGUUAAGUCUUCAUCUAGCCUGAUAAUACUGGAGUGCAAUGAAGGUUCGAAAACAUUUUUCUACUGCAUGCUUGGAUACAUGGGUCUUUUAGCUAUUGUGUGUUUUGCAGUUGCAUUCCUAGCUAGGACAUUACCGGAUACCUUCAAUGAGGCUAAGUAUAUCACCUUCAGCAUGCUGGUCUUUGUUAGUGUCUGGCUGUCCUUUAUCCCAGCAUAUCUGAGUACAAAGGGUAAAUACAUGGUUGCUGUGGAAAUAUUUGCAAUAUUAUCUUCCAGUGCUGGGUUACUUGUUUGUAUAUUUUCCUUCAAAUGCUAUAUUAUUUUGCUACGAUCUGACUUGAACACUAGAGAGCAUUUAAUAGGAAGAGGGGGACUCAGUAACAAUAAAAAAUAA